AUGGCAAACAAUUUUCCUUUUGCUCAAUGGGCAUCCAAUGGAGUCUGCCGGCCAUCAACGGGAUAUUUUGUAGCAGGUAGUGGUUUGGAAGGACAGCCAAUUUGUAUUCAAACUCCCACUGUGGUGCCAAUCGCUACAAAUAGUGUCAAAGCUACUCCAGAAAUUGUAAACGUUCCAGGAAAUUUUGGGUAUCAGUAUAAGGUAGCAUAUAUAGCUCCCCAUGCAGCGCUGCCUGCUACUGGAGCGUGGCCAGCCCAAACAUCUGCUCCUAUGCAGACUCGUGCUCAGUACCCAGUUCUGGUUGAUUUAGGCCAACUGUACAAAAAAACAACUUCCGGUCCUGUUGUCGAACCUCAAAAAAAGAAAAUUACCACAAAAUAUGUCAACGAGUGCUGUAUUGGAUGCAAUCCUUGCUGUUGUGGAGAAAAAAUAUUAUUGAAAGACUUUACUAGCAAAGAGAAUAUGAACAGAAUAAAAAUAUAA